CGUGCAGUGUCGUGACACGAUGAGGUGAUAACGCUCGUCGUGCUUGCCAGCGCGGGAUCUCGCAGUGACUCUUCGGAAGGUGACGAUGUGGACGAUUCUAUUACUAUUGGUCUCCACGUGGUCUUCGUCAUGGGGUCAGGUGAUCAACAGGGCGCCCCACUUCAUUCAAGGCGGGGACAUGGCCAGAUUGGCCGUGUCGGAGGGCACACCACCUGGCGUUCCUGUUUACACUCUUCAGGGAGAAGACCCCGAAGGAUCUAGACUGCACUAUUCUAUCAGCGGCGAGUACUUCACCGUGAACCGGGAGACCGGUGUCGUGAUCCUGAGGAGAGCCCUGGAUAGGGAAACGCAGGACCUUAUCGAAGUCAUCAUUAGCAUAACGGACGAAGGUAUCGCCGGAUCGGAGCCCAACACGGUGUCUCUUCGUCGUGAGAUAGCGGUGCUCGACGAGAACGACAAUCCGCCGGUGUACCAUGGCCGACCGUACGCGGCCAGGGUGCCGGAGAGCGCCGACGUUGGCGGCUUGCUGCUUCCUUCGAGCACGAUCACGAUCACCGAUCGGGAUGGCGGUGUGAAUGCCGACGUGCACGUGCAAUGUGUCGCGGCGUCGCGCGACGACGACGUCUGCGAGGUCUUUGAUAUUUCCACAGAAAAGCUGGCCGAGGGACGAUACGACGUGCAGAUCACGUUGGCAAAGCCGUUAGAUUACGAGAGAAGAAAUUCGUACUUGAUCAAUCUGCUGGCCGUCGACGGAGCCAGCGACCCGCUGAAGCGGCUGCAGGCCAGAGCAACCGUCGCUGUCGACGUCCUCGAUGUUCAGGAUCAGCCACCCGUUUUUCUGAACGCGCCCUACAGCGCGGCGCUUCCGGAGAACACCGCAGCUAGUCACACGGUCCUGAUGGUGCGAGCGCGCGACGGCGACACCGGCGAGCCGAGGAAUCUCUUGCUGACGUUGGAGGACGAGGAUGCGGGCCACUUCGACCUCGUGGUGUCCCGCGACGGUGACGUUACGGUCGGCCGGCUGGUCACGACCAACGUGUCCUUGGAUCGUGAGGAUCCCAAGAUCCUGCAGAACGGCGGCAUUUACAACUUCCAGGUCAGAGCCACCGAACUGAUCAAUGACGAGAUUCCGGCCGACAGCUCCACGUCCGUAGUGACGAUCGUCGUCACGGACGUGGACGACCUCGUGCCCGUCUUCAACGAGGAUUAUUUCAACAUCAGGAUCUCCGAGGACAUCGGAAAGGACACUCCGUUACCAGGUCUGAAUAUGAUCGUGAGCGACGGUGACGUGGGCGACAAUGCCAAGUAUUUCCUGACGUUGCGAGAUGUGCCGCGGUAUCCUGGAAUUAGCAAGGCAUUCACCGUCAGCCCCGAAGAGGCUCAGGGUCGAGUGCCGGUUGUGAUCAAGGCGAAGGACGUCAACGUUCUCGACUACGACGUGGACGAUCCCGUAAAGAGGGAGCUUGAGUUCGAGGUCGCUGCCACUGUGGCGAGCAAAGUGGUGGCGGUCUCCAAAGUGCACAUCCACUUGAUGGACGCCAACGACCACAGCCCCGAAUUCUCGCAGUCGGUGUACAAACUGUCAGUCUCGGAGGACGCAGAACCUGGCACUCGUUUCGGCGACGUUUACGCCAGGGACUACGACAGCGGCUCCUUCGGCAAGUUGACGUACAUGCUGCGUGGUUUCGGCGCGGACAAAUUCGGCACCGAUCCGGAGUUGGGUGGCAUAUCCGUAGCGAAGAAGCUGGACUAUGAAACGCAGAAGUCCUACUCUUUGACGAUGGAAGCAAAAGACGGCGGCGGUCGAGUGUCCGCCGUUAAUAUCCUUAUCGAACUGGACGACGUCAACGACAACCAGCCGGUGUUCGAGCAGGCGGAAUAUUCCAGGACCAUUCGCGAAGGUGCCACCAGUUUCGAUCCUCAAUUGUUCGUUAGGGCGACUGAUGUUGAUGGGCCGACUCAGGGAAAUGGAAGAGUCGUGUACUCGAUCAGCAGACACAACAGCAUGACGGACGACGUCUUUAAGGUCAAUCCGGACUCGGGCGAGGUAAUCAUGUCGAAGCCGGUUCGCUCCGGCGACACUGAGAGAGGCAUUUACGAAUUGGUGAUUCGUGCAACGGACACUGGCACACUGCCAUUAUAUUCCGAGGCGAAAGUCCUCGUUCGCGUUGGAGUGCCGGGCAAUCAGAAGCCCAUCUUCCGGGGAAAUUACAAGUCGAAUUUGCCGGGUCCCAAUACUUAUCGGGCGAGGCUCUUGGAGAACGCUGCUUCCGGAACGGAAGUCAUUCGGGUGGUCGCCAAUGAUCCUGACGGCAGGGACAAUUUGUUGCAGUAUUACAUCGCGUCCGGUUCUAAGGAUAACUUCGUCAUUGACUCCAGCUCGGGUAUCAUAACUGUGUCACCUGACGCUCGCCUGGAUUUGGAGGCCGGCGGUGAGAAGUACGAGGUGAUCGUGUACGCCGUUGAUUCCGGCACACCCGUCAAGGAAACCGCCACCACUACUGUCACAGUGAACAUCAUUGACGUGAAUAAUAAGCCACCGACCUUCGAUGAAUCCACGUAUCAGGUUUACGUUUCGGAACGUGCCGCUAUCGGUGAACCCGUUUUGAAGGUGAUAGCGACCGAUCCCGACGCAGACGCGAAUCUCGAGUAUUCUCUCGUGGAACCGAUACGGGCCGUCGACAAGACCGGCGUGGCCCUGAAGAGCACCACGUCUUACGAUUACAAGACCGCUUUCCGUAUCAAUUCCACCAGCGGUUUAAUAUCCGUGAACCAGGUGUUGGAUUAUCAAGUGGCCGCCGUUGUGAUAUUAACGGUGCAGGUGCAGGACUUGAAUGCGGUCGUCGACAAGGAGAAACAAGUAGCAAAGGUAGAAGUGACGAUCUACGUCCAAGCUUACAGCGACGACAACCCGACAUUCACCAAUCCCGGAUGGUCAGCGAACAAUCCGACGAUAAGGGUUACGGCGCCGGAGGAGCAGCCGUUGGGCACGACGCUGUUGAUGUUAUCGGCGAAAGAGCCGAUGACGGGAUACCCGGUUCAGAGGUUCGAGCUGGUGAGAGAGGACGAUGACGAAGGCUACGUCAAUGUGGGCGUUCAGAGCGGCAAUGUGGUUCUGAGCAAGAGGCUGGAUUACGAAGCGCUGAACGAGAAGUUUAUUCGCUUCAAAGUGCGAGCGCUCGCCAGGGACUACGAUAUAACGCGAAAGAUGUCGGAGGCCAACGUGAUCGUCGAGAUUCAGGAUACCAAUGACAACAGUCCGAUCUUCGAUCAGAAGGACUACAAGAUUUCCGUGCUGGAGUCGGCGAAGUCCUCGAAGGUUGUGCUGAAUGUGAAGGCGACCGAUAUGGACAGCUCCAGCACCGAAGAGGAGAUCAAACGAGGAUACGGCGAAGUGCGAUACUCUCUGACUGGCGAGAACGCGAAUCUCUUCGAGGUGGACCCAAUAAUGGGCAACAUUCAGAUCGCUGCGAACACGACUCUCGACAGAGAGAGGCAAUCGGUCCUGCGUUUCUACGUCGUGGCUUCGGACAUGCCGCAAGGUGGGGUCGAGCAACGAAGCAGUCGAGUUUUGGUGACAGUUGACGUCAUCGACGUCAAUGACAACGAGCCCAGCUUCGAGCAGGAAUCCUACACGGCGGUGAUUCCUGAGAACGCGCCUGUGGGAAUCAGCGUGGUGAACAUCACCGCUAUCGACCCCGACGAAGACGAAGGCGGCGCAAUCCACUAUGAAAUCAUCGACGAGGGUGAAGCCAAUGGGCUGUUCAAGAUAAACCACACGACCGGUGAGAUUUAUUCGGCGCGAGCGUUGACGGGCAAAGGAAGAACCGAGCCCUACAACAUGCGGGUGCGGGCGGAGGACAACGGCGAGCCGGUGUUGUUCUCAGACGUGGAUCUCACCCUGUACAUCGGCGACGUGGUGAGCAACGACGGCGUGCCUCUGUUCAUCCGACCGACGUUGGAGGAGGUGGCCUACAUCUCCGAGAAUUCCUCCGUCGGCAGUCCGGUGUUCCAAGUGGUGGCGUCCGACCCGGACGACCCGAACCUGCCGAACGGCAGGAUCACCUUCCGCUUCCUGGAGGACGGUAAUUUCGGCAAAGACGCGAGCGCCUUCAGGAUCAACGGUGAGACUGGACUGAUCAGUACGCGCAAGCUGCUCGACCGCGAGAUCAAGGACAGCUACACGCUGAUCCUGGUAGCGCAGGAUCUCGGCGAUCCGCCCCAGCAAGCGACCAGGGUGCUGCAGGUGAUCGUGAACGACAUCGAUGACCACAAGCCGCACUUUAAACGCAACCUGGACAGUCCUCCGAUCGAGCUAAGCGUGCUGGAGGAGUCACCGCUGGGCACGAAGGUCGGUGUGAUCGAGGCGAUCGACGAGGACAUCGGCGAGAACGGGAUGAUCGACUACGAGAUCGUGUACGGGAACGAGGCUGGGCUGUUCGUGGUGCAGCGGCUGGAGAACAAUUCCGCCGUCAUCAAAUCGAACGGUCGGCUCGAUCGAGAGACCGCGGAGUCCCACCUGCUGACUGUCAAAUGCUUCAAGUACACCUCGAGGCGAUCAGACAUAGUGCCGAAGCCGUACAACAGGCAGGAUCCCUCGGAGAGGCAGGUCCUCGUCAGGGUGCUGGACAUCGACGACAACAAGCCACGCUUCAAGAAGGACAACGUGACCUUGGGAGUGCGCCUGAACGUGCCUAUCGACACCAGCUUGAUUACUCUGGAAGCCGACGACAUCGACUCCAGCGCGUUGCCCAUCAACUACAACAUGAGCAAGGUCUCCUUCACGUCCCUGGUAGACUCGUCCAUGUCGCAGAAAGAGAUCCCGUCGCAGUUGUCCUUGAACCCUCGCACCGGCGAGCUCAGGACGACCGGGUCGAUGGCUGGUUACGCGGACGGCUUCAUGGAGAUGCUCGUGUCGGCGAACAACUCGGCGACGCCGGGACGGGAGACGAACAUCACCAUCAGGAUCUUUCUGCUACGUGACCGUGACAUGCUGAAAUUCGUCUUCUCAAAGCCACCGGUCGAGGUCAGGAAGACGCUCGAGGACUUCGAAAGGGCGGUCCAGCAGGCGCUCUCACUUCCCAUCAGCGUCAACGUCUACGACACGCAGUUCUACUCCAAGGAGGACAACUCCUUGGACUUCUCGUCCACCAGCUCGUGUUUCCAGAUGGUCGGCAAGGAGUCCUACGGCCUGGACGAGAUGAGAGCGCUGUUGACCGACCCGAAGAACGAGGAGCUGAAGAAGGUCUACAGCACGUACCACGUGGAGAAAGUGCAACAUUGCGCCGCUUUGGUGGCGCGUGCUGACGCCUCCAUGACGCAGAUGUGGGUCUUGGCGAUCGCCGUCCUCGUCGGGAUCGCCACCGUCGUCUCCAGCUGCGCGUUGUGCUGCAUGCACGCAAAGUAUAAACGGCAAGUAAAACACGCACGUUUGCGCGAUCAACCGCGACCGCCUCUCAGUUACGUGUCUUCCGGCCCGGCAAUGGUCAGUGCCGGGUCUCACACGACUCUGGGCCCCGGUACAAUGGUCACACUGGGCCCUCACGAGGGCCCGUAUGAAUGGGGAGCCGAGACGACGCUUUACCAUCCAAGCACGCUGGGCUCGAGAACGUAGAGGUGCAGAGAGAUCUGUGGAUGUCCCUACGAGCUACCUCGAUUCUCCUCUAGCGAAAAUUUGCUCGAACAAUUGGAAAGAGAACUCUAACGAGCGAACGAUCAAUCUCUUUUCAAUGGCACACGAUGUAAAUUGACUUCAACGUCAAGUCGAAGUAGAUUCUGCUAUAGAGAAGUUUUCCGUAGGGUUCAAUUAGUUCGUUACUUUCCGAGAUAAUUCCGUUCGAAAAGAAUCGUCGGAAAUGAUUGAAACUAGGUUAUCAAGAAUGAUGAAAUUGCUGCGGAGAGAAAAUCGAUUAGAAACUUUCUGAUAAGUGAUGCCUUGAAAGAGCUCUUUUUGAACAUUGUGCGCAGGAUCCCAGUGAGUCUUGAAGACAACCAGUGCUCUCUGACACGAAGAUGUUGCGACGGGAGAACUGUUAACAGUGUAAUUUAUGAUGCUGCAGUUGACAAACGAGAAGCGAAUCGAUGGUGCUAUAAUUAAUUGUAAUAUAAAAAGUGCCGUGCAGAUAGAGGCGUUUUGGGACGUACGCUAUGCGGAAGUUGGCGAAGCCCCCAAGGCUCGUCGAAAUCGGUGAGAGACGGUUUCCAGACCUUCCCUUGUAAGACACGUUUAGAUAAUCCGAUUUCGCUGACGGCACACCUAUAAUUGUUCUCGCGUGCGUCAUCGCUCGACAUAAACAAGAUCUCCCUUUCAAUCUUCCAUUCAGCGCACAAGGCACGGUUGAUCCGUAGCUUAGCUCGUGUCUCGGAUCAUCCUAAUGAAUUCACCGUGAAGUUUCACGAACUUCCGCAUAGCCGACAAAGCGACACACGGUUUGUAAAGCCCGACUAUGUUCUUGUAAGUAACUUACAGGUCUGCUAUUCGCGAGAUUGUAUAUUUUAUACAGACGAUUCUCCCUCUCCCUGUUGUGUUAUUAUUAAGGAGGAACAUAAACCGCGCGCGAUUCCUGUGUUGUAAUAUAAUGUCGUAUUUAAGACGAAAUAAAAAAACUGUACAUUUCAUUGUA